AGUAAGUUUAAUUUAGAACUUUUAUACACUCUGUGAACUAAAGCGUCCAUUUUCUAAAAAGAAGUAUCAAUUUUGACAAUAGAAAGCAAUGUUUUACCGAUUUUAACUAAUUUUAGUGAGUGAAUAAUGUAUAAAAUGCGCCAAAUAAACCUAUCUUAAUUAUACAAAUACUUUAGUUACGUGUCAUAAUUAAAUAACAUAUUUUUAGAUGUUUAACAUAAAUUCAUCUAAUAUGACAAGGUCUAUUACAAAACAUUUGUAAUUCGAAUCUAUAUGAUCUGUCUAGUUUUGUUUGUAUGGGGUUAAGUUAAGUAUACUUUCGAUGGUGUUUUUGGAUUAUGAAACAGUGAUUUUCAAGUUCAAGUGGAAAUGGUUCGAGUUAAUAGCUUAAUGGCCUCCCAAGAAGGUGUAAAAACACCUCAUAGGAUUGAAUUGUGUGAAGAGAAACAAGUUAAACCAGCAAAGAAUUAUAGAAAACGCAGGAUUAUUGUAACUGCCCCUCUAAAGACUGAAAAUGAAGAAUUAAACUCUGAACCUCUCAUAAAGAAGACGGACUUAAAAUCAAAACCAUUAAAGGCUUCCAAUGGUAUUACAAACAUGACAAAUGGCAAUUCAGCACGAUCAAGGGCGGCUAGAGCUGCUGCUCGCUCUGCUGAGAGUCACAAACUCACAGAAUAUUUCAAAGAAGAGCUUAAAAGUCCUAAAGUAGAACAACUUCCUCCUUCACCUCAAUUAGAAAAAAAUAUAAAAACUGACCAUAAAUCAAAUGGAAAUACAAAUCACAAACUCACAGAGUACUUUCCUGUAAGAAGGAGUGUGAGGAAAACAUCGAAAUGUGUAAUGGCCGAAAAAAUGAGAGAUUUGGAGAGAGCAAUAAGAGAGCAAAGGGAAGAUGGACUUCAGGUUGCGUCUUUCGACGGUAAAGGUCGCGGCGUGAUCGCAACUCGUUCGUUCGGACGCGGUCAGUUUGUGGUUGAAUACUCUGGAGAGUUAGUGGGAGUUGCAGAGGCUCGUGAGAGGGAACGCAAAUAUGCUUUGGAUCCAAGUGCCGGCUGCUAUAUGUAUUAUUUUCGACUUCAAGAUCAGCAGUAUUGUAUCGACGCGACGGCCGAAACGGGUCGACUGGGUCGGCUGGUGAAUCACUCCCGGAAUGGCAACCUGCUGACCAAGGCACUCUGGGUGGACGGGCCGCGCCUCGUGCUGCUCGCGGCGCAUGACAUCGCGCCGGGCGACGAACUCACCUACGACUACGGCGACCGCUCCAAGGAGUCGCUGCGACACCACCCCUGGCUGGCUCUUUGACCUGGGACUGUAUCAAGAAGCCUCAGUUGGACUUAAAAUAAAUAUUUAUUGAUUUAACUUAGAUAAUAUAAAGUUUGUUAUAGAAGUUUUGUUUGAGAUUGCAUACUGCUAUAUUGUUAAGUAGUGAGAUGAGUGGCCUAACACAAGUUAUCUAAAUGGCGUAGUUGCCUCGUGCGCGCCAAAACCACCUUUUGCCAACUCAAAAUGUGUAUAUUGUAUUUAUAUAUACAUGUGUAAUAAUUUUGUCAUUAUAUACUUUCAUAUUGUGUCCUUAAAAUAAUAUACAAGAUAUGUAACGUUCGAUUCGCAUGAUGUGCAUUGAUCAUCAGUAUUUUCCACAUAAAUGCUACUUAUGUAGUUAAUAAUUGUUUUUAGCCAAUUGUGCCUGCUUUGUAAGGCAGAGUCAACUGCUCAAUUAAAAUGUGUUCUUUUUUGUCACUGAUAAAUAUUGUUCGUCUUAUUAUUAUACUUAUAACAAUUAAAAAAAAUUAAUAGCUCAUUUAUUUUUGUUAUGUGAAGUUUUAUUUCAUUGUCAUGAUUAAUUUUCUAGUUUGGAAUGUAUAUCUAUCUGUUUUGUAUUAAAACAAAUAUUACACUAACCUUAUAAAGACAUUUAUGAAAUAAUAAACAUUACAGAAUCAUCAAUGAUAAUGUUAGAUUCAUUAUUUAAAAAAAAAAACAAAUAAAAAUUAUACAAAGUCAACUCUAUAACAGUUGGACAAUGUUCAUUUAUGACACACUACACAAAUAAUAUAUAUAUAUUUUAACAUACAUAUUUAAACAUUAACAUAAUUUACUAAGUAAUUAGUUACAAUGUUUGAAAUUUAAAUAAUUUAAUACCAUCUCAUGAUAGAUAAAUAUUACCAAAUAAAGACCACAAAUA